AUGGAUGAAGACACGAACCCCGUGGAACCAGCAUCCGGAACACCAAACCACCCGAUCGAGAUCUCCGAUGGAUCAUCCUUUCACGGAUCACCUUAUCGUGGUCCCGACAGUUCUCAGGAGAGGUUCAAACAGUGGGACUGGUAUUUCACCCCGUCCGAGCACUCGUCUCCUUAUCAGCAGCAGCAGCAACAACAACAGGAUCCUUCCGAGGAUUCUCGAUUCAGGACAGUUACGCCGCCACCACCACCGCCAGUAGAGAAACAACCGCCUCCGGAGCCACCGAGGCAGAGAAGGUCAAAUGCACGGAUGUCCGUGCAAGGAGGAGUCCGUAUCAGUACUCCUCAGCCCUCGAGUGGCAGUCAUUAUCCACCACUCCAGGAGGAAGAAGACCCGCAAAUGGGGGGUCCAUCAAACCCCAUUCCAGAGAUCAACUCAGCGCCUAUGGCACCACCGUUGACUGGUGCGGAGCUGAAAGCGCUUGUUGAUGAUGCGGUUACAAAGGCCUUAUAA